CACGAAUGAAAGCGACACUCAAGACGUCACAAAAGUUAUGGUACUUGGCUUCAGAUAAUCACCAGGUCCGAUAUGCAGUCAGUGUUUCAUUGGGGAACCUCGAUUCCUAAACCCAAACGGAUCGGUGGUCCUAGAAGCCAUGGAGCCUGUGGUUCGUGUAGAAAGUCUCAUCUCAAGUGCGACGAGACAAGGCCCUCGUGUAAACGAUGUGCAGUGAUGGGGUAUUCUUGCGAGUACAAGCAGUGGCAGAAGAAAGCAGGACGACCUAUCACAUGCCGUGCAACGCAACGCACCAUACUUCCCGCAACGGAUGCUAAGAUCAUGACUAACGAUAGAGUCUCUGGUCCGUCCACAACCGACUUCUCCGAGUCUGCUGAGUCAUCGCCUCAGGACUCGCCCAGAUGCCACGUUCAAAUACAAUGGCGAUACAGCGGAGCAUCCGAAGAACAGGUGCAUCCACACGAGAUGAUACUUUCGGGUCAACUGGAUAUUCCCAGGGCUCCUAUCCCGAUCAACCUCUUCACCAUACAUAUGCCGUUCAAGUCUAGGGAACUUUUCCAUUAUUUCUACAAGGCUGAUCAAGCCCUGGAAGUGAUUGGCCACAAGCAACACCAAGAUUGUUUAGUAUCUGUAAUGGAACACGCUCAUGCGUUUCGCAAUGCUCUUCUAAUAGCAAGUCUUCACUAUACGUUAAAUACGGGCAACUCGCAACAUUUUCAAUCGACAUUCUUAUUUCAUAAACUUCAGACUAUCCGCAUGGUUAAUGACUGGCUUGUGAAUCAGACAUCUGAAUCAGUCACAUGCAUCAUCAGACAGAUCGCGUCCCUCUGCUUCGUGGAGCUCUGCCUUGGUGAGAUUGCUAAUGCCGAGACUCACCUCAAUGGCAUCGUUAGCCUCCUGAAACAAAUAGGUCCAUGUGGCACCAAUGAGUCAGAUCCCACCCAGCAAGAGUUAGCCGACCGGUAUUUUAUCUUUACAUACACCCUUGUUGCCGGAUUCAAAGGUAGACUUGGGGCACUCUUACGCAUAAAUUCGCAAAGGAAUGUCUAUGACCUUAGUCAACAGGAGACCCUUGACAUGACAUAUACUAUCACGCGUUCUGAAGUUUCUACGGGCGGCUUACGCAUUAAACUAUCUGCUAUUCGGCUAUUACCGUCACUUCUGGCUCCCAUACCUCUAGGGUCAACACUGAAGGAUAUCAAUGGACUUGGAACCAUAAUAAGUCUUCGAAGCAUGACUGACAAGGUUGAUGAAGCCCGGAAAGAGUAUUUUACGGAGGUAGAAUCUUUGAGAGGUGUUUUCGAUGCAGCCUGGGCUACAGGCGCAGCUUCCCAAGUGCUGGCGAACUACGUGGCUUCUCACAUCCAGUCGACUUCGAUCCACGACACUCAAACCCCACCACUUGAUUUUCCCUACAGAUUCACAACAACAUGUUGUGCCAUGUACAUUGCUACGAAUCUAUAUAUGCACCGCGUACUUGGAAUCUGUGACCCUGGAGUCAUUGAACGAAGUACGUCUGAACAUAUGAUGUAUCUGUACAGGCGCGACCUCAGCAGAAUGUAUGCGCGUUGGAAGUAUGACCCCGGGCAUGACGGAGAUUUUAUAUUUUGGCAGCUGAUGAUUGGAGCAAUCCAUAUCUGCGCAUAUGAACCAGACUCAGACGUGGCGGUGUUUUUCAGUUGCAGUAUACGGGACUGGAGUCGGAGGGUUGGCAUCAAGCAGUGGCUAAACGCUAGAGCGGCAUUGAUGAGGGUCACUUGGCCAGUCAUGCCUGAGGAGGGGAGUCCAGCGCAGCUGGUCUGGGAUAAAGCCCAUGGUGUGUAAUGUGUAUGAUAUUUGCUGAUUUCCUAGUCGACAACUUCUUCCUUCCACGUAAGUCACCUUUUUCGCUAGCAUUCGACUUCAACGCUUAUUAAAUUCUUGUCAAGGCUGCUGGGAGCAAAACGCCUUAGCCAUCGCCAGCAGCAA